GAUGAUAUUAGAGCACAAGCUGAGGCGUCGACUUCUCGAUAUAAUCAAAACCAAACAUUUGGACCCCUUGAUGGUGUUCCUGUGGCGAUUAAAGAUUCGAUUGAUGUUAUAGGUUAUGAGACACGUGUAGGAACAUCAUUUCUUAAUCAAGGAAACCCUGCUUCAAAAGAUGCAUUGUUGGUAAAAAAAUUAAGAGAACAAGCAUAUACAUCUCGCAAUCCCUACAAUACCGAUCAUUAUUGUGGAGGAUCAAGUGGAGAUGUUAUAGGUCCAAUGGCUGCUUGCGUUGAUGAUUUGGCUUUAGCUUACUAUAUUAUGGCUGGAAAAGAUCCUGAGGAUUCAAAAACUUUGUACCAGCCAUUACCCACUCUCCAUGGUCUUUACCUUACUAAAACAUUGUCUGAUCUAAAGAUUGGUAUAUUCUCUGAUUGGAAUAGACGAGUCGUCGAUCCUGCCAUUACUUCUUCUCUCAAUUCACUUAUUAAUGAAUUCAAACUUCGUGGUGCCGAGUUUAUUGAAAUUGAUAUUCCGGAAUUAAAUGACGCACAAAUAGCUCAUUCAAUUACUGCUUUAUCCGAAUUCUGCUCCUUUAUGAAUGGAUACAAAGAAUGCUUACAUUUGUUGAGUUUUCCUAAUAGAGCAAACAUUGCGUUAUACAGCAAUGCGAAUGCUUCAGAUUACAUUAAAGCACAACAAGUUCGUACGCGUAUGAUGCGUAACGCAUCAGUCUUAUUCUCUGGUGUUAAUCUUAUUUUAACACCUACUUGUGCCAUAACUGCUCCUCCAAUCUAUCCGGAAUCUUUAAUAUAUGGUGAAAUAAAUCCUUCUGUUACAACAUAUGGAUUAAGAUUUACAAAAUUAGCCAAUUUUAUUGGUAUUCCUGCAGUUACGGUGCCAGCAGGUUAUAAUGAUAAAAGCCUGCCUAUUGGAUUACAAUUUAUGGCAAAAUGGUAUGAUGAGGCAACAUUAUUAAGAGUUGCAAAAGUUUCAGAGGAAAUAUUUGGAAGUAGAAGACGAAGACCUACUGAAAAAUAUUGGUUUGGUGAUUUUAUUGUAAAUUCUUAG